AGUCAAGAUUUUCUUCACUCGCCGAAGUUCGGCACGGCAGUAGCACGCAUUUGGAUUUUGACGUGUGACAGCUUGCAGAACAGCUGCGGCCAAAUUCGGUUGCAGAUUGGUGGUGUAUAGAAAUAAAGACAGUGGGUUAUGAAAAAGUGAUAAAAAUGGCUGAAAGUAAAGGUGCGUUAAUCGCGAAAUCAGUGCAAAAACAUGCCGGGCGAGCAAAGGAAAAGUUCCUCCAAAACCUGGGGAAGGUGGACCGCACGCUGGACGACAUCUUCGAGGAACACCUACAGAACUUCAACCGGCAGCACCAGCAAGCGAUGCGGCUACAGAAAGAGUUCAACAACUACAUCAGGUGUAUACGAGCUGUCCAGACAGCGUCCAAAUCCCUGAUGGAGGCGAUCACCGAAGUGUACGAGAGCGGGUGGUCGGGCCACGACCUGCUGUAUGUGCAGGCGCAGAACAUGGAGAUGUUGUGGCAGGACUUCUCGCACAAGCUCGGGGACCAGGUGCUGAUCCCGCUGAACACCUACACGAACCAGUUCCCGGAGGUCAGGAAAAAAGUAGAGAAACGAGGUCGAAAAUUGGUGGACUACGACAGCCAAAGGCAUAGCUUCCAGAAUCUUCAGGCCAACGCGGCCAAAAGACGAGAUGACGUCAAGGUGACAAAAGGUCGCGAACAGCUAGAAGAGGCUAAACGCACGUACGAAGUGCUCAACUCGGAACUCCACGACGAGCUGCCCGCGCUCUACGACUCGCGAGUUCUGUUCUACGUCAACAAUCUGCAGACUCUGUUCAGCGCUGAACAACUGUUCCACUCUGAGAGCUCCAAGGUGUUCCUGGAGCUGGAGGCGAUCACGGACAAGCUGGCGACGGACUGCCAGCGCGGCGGCUACAAGAAGCCCGCGCUCAACAACACGGCGCACAACAACAACCUGCCGCUCAACGGCAACGGCGGCGCCAACGCGGUGCAGCCGGCCGCCUCGCCGGCUCUGAACGGGAACUCGCGGCCCUCCCCUCCCCCCGACAGCCUCCCCCCCGCAUCGCCCGAUGACGUCACCCCUUCAGACUCGCCCACGAAGGAUAAACCCGAAGAGAAAGAUGAAAUAAAGGAAGAAACUCCCGUAAUCCCCGCCACGUUGGCGGUGGCGCCAUCUGCACCCGCGAGGCACGCGGAAAAUGAUAAGGAAAAAGAAACUAACGGAGACGCCAGCGAUAAGAAGGUGGAGGAACUAUACGACAUACCUGUAGCGGACAACUGCGAAAUUCUCUCAGGAUCGCCGGUGCCUCCUGAAAAACCGCAUGGAGAAGAAAAGAAACAGAUAGAUGUAGAACUGGGAAGUGAGAAAGAGAGGAAAGAUAGUCACAGUGAACAAAGGGAUGAGGUUUACGACAUUCCUGUCGGCGCGACGCUGUCGGGGCUGCCGGCCGGCACGCUGUACCGCGUGCGCGCCACAUACCGCUACACGCGCGAGGACUCCGACGAGCUCAGCUUCGACGUCGGCGACGUCAUCCGCGUCGUCGAGUACGACGACCCCGAGGAACAGGAGGAAGGCUGGCUAAUGGGCAUCAAAGAGUCGACCAAUGAGAAAGGCAUGUUCCCCGCGAACUUCACGCGGCCGAUAUGAGUCGACCGCCCGCCACUCUAGCACAGGACAAUGGGCCUUGUGUCCUAAGGAAUAACAUCGCUUGUCCCACUGACCAAGGUGACAGUGACUCGAACUUUACGGAAUAAACCUUCUGAAGUGUUGUGCGCAUUCUUUCAUUCAUUCGACGAAUGAAAACUUAGUCGUUCACUCUCAUUUUGAUUUAUCAAAAUUUGUCUCUCAGUUGAUACAGUUGCUAUAUUCAUUACAUCUAUCGUUGUUUUCACGUGAAAUAACGAUUGAGACUCACGGAAUGCUCAUAACACUUCGUUUUAGAUUUUAGUUGUUGAACGUUAAUAGAUAUAUAUUAUUUAUUAUUUUUGUGUUGUAUUGCAACGAAUUAUAAAUAACGCAUUACCCGUUUACUUUAUUUAACGACACCGAUGCGUAUUAAUAUAAUUUUUGUAUAUAAGAAGUAUGUAGAUGAUUUUUAGUCAUUAUCAGUUAGGUGCAGGGUUGAAAUGUAUAAUCUGAUAUAUUGAAAAGUUAUUGUAAAUCGAGCCAAUAUAUUUUUCUGCUGGUCUCGAAAGAGCAAAGUGGAGUGUAACUUUAAAUAAGCGUUAGUAAUAAAUAUAAUAUAUAUUUUAUAAUGCUAACAAGCUUAUGUAUAACCAGUAAUAAUAAUCGGAGGCGAACUAUAUGGUUUGUGAAUGAUGCAGUCAUGUUUAUGACAAUAAUUAUGAAUCAUUACAAUGAUGUUUUCGAAAAUUGCUCAGUCGUUAUUCUAUAUAUUGUAAAUGGGAAGUGACCUUAUGUUAAAUAUUAAAUUUUUACGAACAAUUUUAUCGCAAUAUUACUUACAUUCUCAGUAUUAAGAAAUUUCUGAUAUUGUCAUGCUAUUUACAUAAAGUCGAAACGAAUAUCUUUACUGGAGCUCAGGAUAGAUUGGAAAUUAUUUUGACAAAAACAACAUUUCCAUCAACGCAAUGCAUUUCAUUUUUCUACCUAAAGCGUGGUUGCAUUUUCUAAUGUUUUCUAGUUAUAGUUCAUUUCAUUCGUUCACUGAAUCCCAACCCAAAUACCAACCCCAUCGUCAUAGUUUCGAAUAAGUUUUCAUGUAUAUAAAUUAUAUUCUUUACAGUUUUGUUUAAUUAUUAAUAUUAAAAUAGAUAAUAUAUCGAUUCGAAUAUAAUAUAUUUUAAAAGAUUAUUUUCUUUUAUGGGAAUAUUGUCUUUUGUUAAAUUUAACUUGUCAAGUAAACUUUACUAACCGUAAUUUAGAGUUGCUUUUGAUUAACAGGCAAGAAAAAGCGAUAUUCCAAAAUAUUUGUAUACUUAUUACUACAAAAUUAUACCAUACCUUUUGAAAACUUUUUGUACCAAUUUCACAAAUUCUGCAUAACUUUAUCGUAUUUUUAAUAUUUCCCGCCAAAUUAAAUUAAUUGAUAUUAACGCCUGUGUCAAAAACGGUGCUUAUAAAAUGUACAUAGUUCAAUAUAUUAAAAUAUUUAACAAUUUACCCGAUUUUAGAGUAAUUUGUGUUUCGAAUGUAUGUGUUCCAGUUUACAUUGUGACCUAUUUUUCCAAUUUAUCUAUUUUAGUUUAUCACGUUUUUAUUUACUUUCUUAUUUGUUAUUAACAAAAUAUAUUUCAACAUGAUCAUAUAAAAAUAAAUGAAUAUUAUAAUAAGACCCGUUUUACCGUUUUACGCGGUGUUAACAUACUUUUAAGAUUGUUUUUAAAAACGUGGUAUAUAUAUAUGUGGUUUUUAAUUAAAUUAGUUUUAAAGCCAUAACGAUUAUAUACAUUUUAUGUCAAUCAUUAUUUUGAUAUCAAAUCCUUUUAAUUAAAAUCAAUACAUAAUCAUCAUAUAUUGACUGAAGAUUUGUAGAAAACAUUGAGAGUAAGUUCCAACAUAGAGUAGGAGUACAAUCCGACAUUUUGGAAGUUGUGGCUUACAUUGUCAGCAGUGCCAUGCGAAAGGUCCAUAAUAUAAUAUUAAUUUUAAGUUUGUUAGGACUUGUACAGUUUUUACAACUGCAAAUAAAAUGUUUCUCACAA